AUGCCCCAGACAGGGCAGAAGGAGUCAGGUGACCUCCAGACCAGACUGAACGAGUCUGAGACCCAGAAAAAGGAGAUGCAAAAAGAACUCAAGAAGCUCAAGAGGGAAUCUGAAGACAAGGAACAACAAUACCAGAUGGAGUCUGGGAAGCUCCAGAGGAAGAUCGCAGACAUGGAGUCCCAGAAGGCCCAGGCUUACCAGGACCUGGAGCUGUUUACAGCGCCCCAUAACACUAACAGGGUCGAGGAUGUUAUCAAGAGUCUCAACGACCCAAAAGGUGCAUCUGCCAUCGCUAUCCAGAGAAGUAUCCAGUCUGAACACCCAGACAUGAAGGCAGAGCAGUGCAAGGCACUACUGAGGGCCGUGUUGCUGGAAGGGCUAGACAGUGGACGGCUUCGCCGACCGCCUGGCUCGAAAGUCGGCCGUGGCCUGGUCGGACGAUUUCUGCUCGGAACGUCUGCGGGAAAGUUGCCCGCUAUACCGGAGACAGAGGAGGAGGACCCACCAGUGGCGGCGGGAAAUCUGACGUUUGACCUAGAAGAGCCUUGCACCCCGGCCGCCUAUGUACAGCGGGUGCAGGAAAAGAGGGACAGGCUUGUUUCACAGUGUCAGGAGGCAGAGAAAUACCUGAACUACCGGAACCUCCCUGCACAUGCUCUUGAACAAGUCCGCAUAGCCGUUGGCAGGUCAAGGCUGAUCACAAGUAACUCGACAUCCCCGCUGGCCAGGUUUGAAGAGUUGUGCCACGAAGCCAUGACGCUAGGGAGCGACAACCCGUACAAAGCCAACAUGAACGACCUGGAUGCGUACAGGGAGAUUGUCGAGCUGGAGUUAUCUGAAGUUCAAAACUCAUUGAAGCAACAAAUAGACGACUACAAAUCACGGGAGAACACCCUACAGCGAGAGUUUGAAGGUGAAUGUGAGUCGCUGCAGAAAGCAGUGGACAUCACUGAGAAACUGGUACAAACAAAAGGAUGAGGAGCUUUCCAAGUACCAAUCACAGAUCACAGAUUUGAAGGGUGAAAGCCACCUUGCAGAGAGCUUGAAGCUUAAGAUCUCUGCCUUAGAAGAAGUCAAUGAAGAACUUGAAGACAAGGUGAACAUCUU